AUGCCAUCCGUUGAAACAGGAAAUACUAGUGAAUACUACAAAUUAAUCAAUUCCACAUCAUCAGCUAUGUUUUCCGAUGUGUUUGAAUACAGUCGAAUCUUUGAGGAUGAUAAAAUCUUUAAAACUGAUAACACUUUCAAGGAAUUCACCGAUACUCCUGACUGGAUGUGCUCAGAACACACAAACACAAACAAUUUAUCUUCACCUUUUAACGACGAAUCAGCAUUUACUGAUCGCAUAAAAAAUGGUCCACCCAUGGAUAACUAUGGCGUAUAUCAAUAUCCUACCUACAAAUGGUCAACUAGUCAUUCGCUGAAGAAGCCCAGACUUCCUAUGGGUAACACAAAAAAUCGACCGGCUGGAUUACCUUCCAAUAAUAAUAAUAUUCCAAAUCAAAGUACAAUUUCUUCAAUGAGACCAACAAGUCUUGACUAUGCAACUCAGAGGAGUUCAAGUCCAGUUCCAAAUAAAACAGCGAACUCCUCUUGUAACACAGCAGCAAUUAGCCCUGUCGGCUCCAGCAGCAUUAAUGAUUCAGAAGACAGAAUAAGCAGAUUCAUGAGUUUAGACAAUACCUCAUCUGAUAACAACAACAACAACAACAAUAACUAUUCGAUAAGAAGCACCAUCAAGACAGACAGUAUGUUCACGAAUUCAGAAUUCGCUAAAAAAGCACAAUGUGUAGAUUCAUCACCUAUUUCCAAAAGUUACAAUCAUCUGCAUCAGUCGAGUAGCCUGACAGAUAUGGAUGGAGUUCAUCAGUAUACUACAGCAUUCGAGGCAAAAAACUUUAAUUCAUUUUCCAUUCCCCCUUUUCCAAAUGAUUUGAAUGCAGAGUCGUAUUUAAAUUCAACUCAUGACAAGUCAGCCUGCUUAAAUCAUGGAACAAAACUGAGGGCUCAAGGUUCUGGACAAAUCCAACUCUGGCAGUUCUUAUUAGAGUUGCUGGCGGAUAGUCAAAAUAUGGCCUGUAUUACAUGGGAAGGAAAUGAUGGUGAAUUUAAGCUGAUCGAUCCUGACGAAGUAGCACGAAGAUGGGGUGAAAGAAAGUCGAAACCGAAUAUGAAUUAUGAUAAAUUAAGUCGCGCUUUACGGUAUUAUUAUGAUAAAAAUAUCAUGACCAAAGUACAUGGGAAAAGAUAUGCAUACAGAUUUGAUUUCACAGGUCUGGCACAGGCUAUGCACUCAUCAUCUUGUUCACCUUCAUCAACAUCUACACUAUUGUCAUCACCAAGUUGUUCUCUAUCGUCAGCCUUCUCAAGCAAUCCCAUGUGUUUAUCAGACAGAUUAUAUUCAAACCAUAAAGAUAUUAAUUCGGGCGGUAAUGUGAAUGACACUGAAGAUAAAUCCAAAAUUUCUUGGAAGAAAAUUCAAGUUGCAGCAGCCGCAGCUGCAGCUUCCUGUUAUUUUAUUCAUCCGGAUAAACAGUGUCCUAACUCAUUUAACAGUAUGAAUGAUACUGACUCCUAUGCAGUAACUAAUUUACAAGAGAAUAAAAAUUCCGUUAACUGGUGUACAACGAAUGCAUCCCAAAAUAGUGUACCUUCAAGCUGUAACUUUCACGAUUAUUUGUCAUCUGCAACCUUGGGAGCUAGAAGUAAACAACACGAUGAAACGACGUCGAAAUUCACCUAUCCUGUUGAAUCUAACACUAGUUAUUAUGAUAAUCAGAUGGUGAAUGAUGCGAAAUUUUCAUAUCAAGAAAGAGUGAAUUGUUCCAUGCUGUCGGGAAACUACUCACAUUUAUUUAAUCCUCUAUUGUCCAUUGAUAAUCAGAAUCACUCAGAAAAUAACACUGUUCAAAGUGAACUUGAUCACUCAUCGGCUUACUUGAAAUCCCUGUCUGAUGUCAGAAGUAAACUGAAACAUGCGACAAAUACUGAAAACAUUUUCGGUCAAUCCAGUGUAAAUAAUGACUUACAGUUUCUAGACUUUAUACACUCGACAAAUGACUUCAGAAGCUCAUCGAAUUUAUUGUUCAAUUGGCAAAGUAUUCCAAACUCUUAUUCAGUAUCUCCGUCCGUGACAUUACCAUCUUCAUCUGGUUCGCAGUUGACUAAUCUCAGUUAUAAUAAUAAUUCUUCUGGUCAGCAACGUCCACCCCACCACCACCACCAACAACAACAACAACAUGUCUACACUCAGGAAACAAAUGACUGUUCUAUUCACGAUCUAAAUGUGAAUCACUGGUAUGACACAACUUUACAACCAAUAUCCAACACUACUACAAACUGA